AUGGCCCUUGCGGUUCACGUCUUCGCCUUUGCGGACUCGGCGCAUCCGAAUCUUUGCACCUUGGCCUCCUCCGUUGCGGCGGCGGGGGGCAAGCUGAACGUAAUUGGGCUGAACUAUGGUGACACCGCCGGAGCAGUGCCACCAGAGGCUUUGGAGAGCAUCGCGGAGGCCCUGGCGCAACAGGGCCAGGAGCAGCUGGUAGAAGGACAAAGAGCCGCUGCCACUCUGCAUUGCACCACCAAAGAGGAGUGCCUGAAAUCGCGCGGCUUGGCCAAGGUGCGGAAGUUCUUUGCGGUUUGGCCAUACCUGAAGCAGUUCAAAGAUGACGAGUUGCUGCUCAUCAUGGACGGCUACGAUGUGCUGUUGGAGACACCCAGCUUGGAGCAUCUCCAACUUGCCUUCGCAGAGCUGCAGCGGCGAAUUGGGCCUGUCAUGAGCGUGCCUACGGGCCCCGUGAUCUUCAGUGGAGAAGCCAAUUGCUGGCCAUUUCCCCACGUUUGGAAGUCUGAGCCUUUCGCGUCUGGUGACUUUCGCCCCGGCUAUGUCUACAAUUAUGGUGGCCGCAAAAAGUUGCGUGGCGAUCAGGUGUGCGAGUAUUGGAGACAACACAUUGGCCAUCCCGGCCUUGUGAAUGGCCGCUAUGGGAAUAAUCGGUCGGAGGUCUUGCCACUGUUUUUGCCAUUUCUGAACAGCGGCGUCUUCAUGGGAAGAGCCGGGAGCUUGCGCGCGUUGUUCUCCUUAGCCACCGAAGUCCUUCGCCUCUUCGGGGACUUCGCGGACCAGGCCUUGGCGACCUCCGUGGCACUGCACGCGAAGUUCCUGGAGCGGCCUUGGGUGCCGCUCAGAGUGGACCAUACAGGAGAGCUGUUCGCCUCGUUGCACGGGCUCUCUCCUGAGCUUGUGGCGCGGCGCUUGCGCGCCCCACCCGCGUGCAACUUUCAAGGCAAAGUCGACCAUGGCUUCUUCUUGGCAGCGCAGAGAAAGCGAAGCAAAUGGAGCUCUGAUCGAUUCAAGGCUUUUCUGCGAAAGGAUCGCCCACCGCCCCUCGUGUGGCACUUCAACGGGGACAAGAAGCCCUACUACGAGGCCAAGUGCCACGAUUCCGUGGCCAUGGAGACCUCGGUGCUGGGCAUGCCCCUGGGGCUUUGUACCAUCCUAGACGUUGAUCACGGGAAGGAGCACUUCUUUGUGGCGCAAGGGGAGGAGCGCACAGAGUCUCACGCCCGAGAUGUUGAAUGGCCCAGGCGAGCGCCAGUUCCACCUUCUGCCACUGAUAUGGCCGGUAUCAUGGCAGAGUCUGCCACAGCCUGGCAGGUGGCGGAGCGUUUGCUGAAGUUGGGGGGCUCCCGAGUGCUUGUCCAAAGGCCUGGGGAGCCUGGUGGAAGGUCGUGCUUGGAACAACAUUGGUGGUUGGAGACGACGCCGGCGGCCGGAGCUCCGCAAUCAGUGUUCCAGCGGAUGACGCGUGCGAAGGAGGCGCAGGCGCCGCAAGCCGUGAUGCUGGACAUGGAAACCACCAGAUGCCAGCUUGGCGACGAGCAGGCGUACUGUGCCUUGCUGGAAGAGUUGCACACAAGCUGGGAAUGCUUACGGUCCUACGAUUCCAAUUCUACGGGUUUGCUGCUGGCCUUCUUCGAAGCAGAAGCUUUCAAGGCCUCCCUUCAUGUCAGGCCACGUCUGGCAGAAGAAUGCUUGCGAGGGCGGCUUUGA